GGCUCUAGGCAGCGGCCCUCCGGGGCUCCCCAUUGGCGCCGCGCUCCAGGGACUGGAGUGUGGCGGCCCGGCCUCCGCAGGCUGCCCCAGGUGAAGGUGCUCCCGGGCUCCGGUGGCCGUCUAGGGACCUCAUCCCGGGCCGGAGUCCGGACUCUUGCUCCCCGAUCCAGCGCUCGUUCCUGUCCCGGGGACGCCGCCGGAUCUUCUCCCGAGUCCUUUUUCUCCGGCUUGUUUGCUUUCCCCUGCUUUCCCCGGUUCCCACCUCCCUAUCCCGCGUUCGCCUCCUCUGCUCCCGCGGCCCCGGGGAGCCUGCCGUCCCUAGCAUCCCACCUGCCACCUCCCUGCUUCUGCUGCUCUUUAACCUUACAUCCCCUGGCCAUCAGGGCCCUAUCAUAACGUCUCGCCAGGCUUCUCCCAAACUCGUCUUUCUCCCCCUUUUGCCAGCUGCUAACUGCUGAAUUCCAGCCAACCCUUGACGCCUUGACAUUUGACCCUGACUAGAUUCCGGGACCUCUCAGUUCCCACUCCCGCAGCCUAGACGGCAGGCACCCGGGUCUUGCCUUACCUUCGCACCUCUCUUUCUGAGGCUACUGCUGCCCUACCCGCCAGUGCCAUGGACUUCCUGAUGAGUGGUCUGGCAGCCUGUGGGGCCUGUGUGUUCACCAAUCCCCUGGAGGUGGUGAAGACCAGGAUGCAGCUCCAAGGAGAACUGCAGGCCCCCGGCACCUACAAGCGGCACUACCGAAACGUCUUCCACGCCUUCUUCACCAUUGGCAAGGUGGACGGGCUGGCUGCGCUGCAGAAAGGCCUGGCCCCUGCCCUCCUGUACCAGUUCCUGAUGAAUGGCAUCCGACUGGGCACCUACGGGCUGGCGGAGGCUAGGGGCUACCUGCACACGGCGGAAGGCGCACUCAGUCCUCCGCGCAGCGCAGCAGCUGGGGCCCUGGCUGGGGUCAUGGGCGCCUAUCUGGGGAGUCCCAUCUACAUGGUGAAGACGCAUCUGCAAGCACAGGCAGCCUCUGAAAUCGCUGUGGGUCACCAGUACAAGCACCAGGGCAUGUUUCAGGCACUAACGGAGAUUGGCCAGAAACAUGGCCUGGUGGGGUUGUGGCGUGGGGCCCUGGGCGGCCUGCCCCGAGUUGUCGUCGGCUCUUCCACCCAGCUGUGCACCUUCUCAUCCACCAAGGACCUCAUGAGCCAGUGGGAGAUCUUUCCUCCCCAGAGUUGGAAGGUGGCUCUGGCAGCUGCCAUGGUGAGUGGCAUCGCAGUGGUCCUGGCCAUGACACCCUUCGACGUGGCCUGCACGAGGCUCUACAACCAGCCCACAGAUGCCCACGGCAAGGGCCUCAUGUACCGGGGGAUCCUGGACGCUCUGCUGCAGACAGCUCAGACAGAGGGCAUUUUUGGCAUGUACAAGGGUAUAGGUGCCUCCUACUUCCGCCUUGGCCCCCACACCAUCCUCUCCCUCUUCUUCUGGGACCAGCUGCGCUCCCUCUACCACACGUACGCUAAGUGACAGCCCUCUCCCACACUCCACCAAGCGGCACUCCUUGGACACUUCUGCUUCCACGCCUGUGACCAGGUGACCUUUCAUCUGUCCGCAGGGGGACAGCCAGCCCCGCUCCCCGUCUGUUCUCUCAGGGUUCAAUCACCACUACUCCUAGGGACAGCCCCCACCUUGUUGCUUCACACCUUCCCUCCCCGUCCCCCUGAACACUUGACACCCCCGUCUCAGGGCCGAACGGUCACUCCAAAGUGCGUCUCUUCCUUUCCACUGCCAGCCUUGGGUUCCUCCUGCUCCUCUGCUCAGCUUUAAACUCCCCCCUCCAAGACCAAAGGGAAUUGGGGGGACCCAGGUGUCCUGUUCACUUCAAAACCACAGAGAUUAUAUUGGUUAUAAAGCAAGUUUAUUUCUGCAGAGAGGAGGUGUCUUGUGUUCACACACAGGGAAGGAAGAGGAGGAAACCCAGAUAUUCAGCCUCGUUUCCUAUGCCUCCCAGAACGGGGUCCCCAGGUCCUCAGCAGCCUCACACAGUGCCCCCAACAUCGUUACUGCGGCCCAAAGAUGUUGGGAUCGUGAAGGUUCAGGCUGGUCACCAGCUGUUCAAAGUCACCCAGGCUCCAGGGUGGAGGUGACAGAUUUCCAGGGCCAAGAGAUGACCUAUUGUCAGGGCUUGGGGGGAGGGGACAGACAGGGAACAUCAUCUGAGCCUGAGGCGUGCAAGUUCCCACUUCCAACUCCCUGGAAGAUCCGGGGAGCUGUGACCCCCCCCCCAAUCCUCUCCUUGGAGGGCCCUGGCAGCAAAUCUCCCUGCUCUGCACCACCCAGCUUAAUUCUCCUGGGGACCCAAUCACGAGGCACCCGCCCUUUGCUUCCUCCUUACGGGGGCUGAUUGAAGGUGAGCAGGAGGUCAGUCUGGUACUGGGGCAGCCGCAGCAAGGCCUGGUGCACCGUCACAUUCUUUGCUACCUGAGCGGAUGGGAGACAGACUGCUUACCUGGAUGUCUAGGGCCACCCCGCUCACCCUUCCAGGACACGGCACACUCCCCGGUCCUCACCUGCUGGUUUUCCUUAGCCACCUGCUGCUUGCCUGAGAGCACCCAGGCUUCUGGACAGUAGGUGCGCAGGGCCAGGCUCUCCGAACUGAGGGUCUGCACAGAGUCUACUUGCUGGGCCCUAGCCCCCUGUACCCCGCCAACGUCCUCAAAGUGGUACCUGGGGCGGGGCAGCAGGGUCAGGGAGGGGCAUCUCCCACUGCCCUCACCUCACCGCCCCCCCAUCACCAGCACGGCGUGGGAGAGGUGCACGCGCGCGCAAACACGCACACACACCACCACCACCCCCCCAAGUCCUGGGCUUUGCUCACUUCCGGCGACUUGGUCUUGCCCUGUGGCCCAGAAUAACCGUCCAGCCAAGGCCCCGCCCACUUCCUCGGUUCCGGCCUCCUCAUUGGCCAGCCGCGGGCCCCUUUCUCACCGCGCAGCCGCUUCGCCGCGCACGUGGGCCUGGAGCUCGAGAAGUUCCACGAUCAGGCUCUGGUCGGUCACGGGAUGGCAGAAGACUUCUUGAUUGUCCGGGACCGGUCGGAGGUCGCUAGAGAGGAGCGAGGCAGACCCUGUAGUUUAUCCCAGCUUCUUCCCGCCACCCGCCAGGUCAGCCUCCUUGGGCCCCUGGGCCUUCUCACCUCACAUCAAUGGCCCCUGGGGGGAGGAUGGCGGAAAAGGCGCCCCCGAACAGUGGAUAGUCCCUCGUGGGCUCCAUGGGCCUGUGGCUAGGGAAAGGGCAUUAGAGAGGCUGAAAAAGAACCCAUAUGGGCCCACGUGGCAUCAAGCCCCCGGCUUUCCCGGCCGUCACGGCCACUCCCGGUCUCGUUCAGGGCUCGGACCCUUUAAGACUUGGCCCCGCCCAGCGGCCGCGCUGGCCAAUGGGCGCCCGCGCCUUGGGGGCGGAGCCCAGAGUGCGGCUCCCAGAAUCCACGGUCCUCGCAGGGCGCGGGGCGGAACGGCGGGUCUGGUUUGGGGCUGGAAUCUGGGCUUGGGACUAGCCUGGUAUUUUUUAAAGGGGUCGCCCCUUCCGGAAAGGUCGCCCGAGACCCUCCCUCGGGGCGGUUGCGCUGAUGUAACCGACCCGCUUCCGGGGCGGGGGGCUUGAGUUCGCCCCUGGAUGGCGGACGGGCUGCCAAUCAGAGCGCCAAUUCCCGCAUCCGCUGAUGGGAAUAAUAGGUGCAGGUGUGCGUCCCAGUUAAGAUGUAGGUCUCACGCCUUCCUGAAAGCGAUACCCAAUCCAGAGAUUACAGAUCUAAUCCUCCUCAAAUCUUCACCUUGGGAACACGCAGGAGGUGGGGGCGAGGGGAGAGGUAGCAAGCCAGCCCCCUCCGCCCCCACACACCUGGGCGGAAGCGCGGGUUAAGCUGUCUGUUGUUUUUCUUACAGAUUUUUCGAGGGUUUAAAAUCAACUUGAUCAUCCCAGUUAAUGCCCCCAUUCAUGUUUGAUCCCCAGCACCUGGCCCAGUGUUUGGAGCAUAACAGGCUUAUUGUUGACUGAAUAAACCCUUUACAGCCAGUGGCUGGAACCCAGGAGGCCACUCGUGCCCUCAGGGGUCCUGGAUGUCGCCGACUUCCCAGGGCUGGGCAGGACUCACUGGGAGGGGGAGGGGGCUGCCAGAGCUUUGCACUCUUAAUUAGUGUAAUGGGGACAAGACACGGAUAAGGGGGCUUCAAAAGUUCUUGAGAAAUGGAAUUUAAAAAUUGUUUGCAAAACAGUUUUGAGAUCCAUGCAUGUUUUUUUUUCAUAAUACACAUGUUGCAUGAACUUUUUGAAGACCCCUUUCCUAUAUGGAUUUUGAAAAAAAAAUUUUUUUUGCACCUAAAUAAACGUCUUUUAACUGCAUUUUCCAUGAACUUUUGGGAAGUUCAGGCAGUUAGGACGCGGCUCCCGCCUCACUGAGGAUGUUCAUGGAAGAGUGGACUGCCUUUCAAGUCUUAAAGGUUGAGCCGGCGCCGUGGCUCAAUAGGCUAAUCCUCCACCUUGCGGCGCCGGCACACCGGGUUCUAGUCCCGGUUGGGGCGCCGGAUUCUGUCCCGGUUGCCCCUCUUCCAGGCCAGCUCUCUGCUAUGGCCAGGGAGUGCAGUGGAGGAUGGCCCAGGUGCUUGGGCCCUGCACCCCAUGGGAGACCAGGAAAAGCACCUGGAUCCUGGCUCCUGCCAUCGGAUCAGCGCGGUGCGCCGGCUGCAGCGGCGGCCAUUGGAGGGUGAACCAACGGCAAAGGAAGACCUUUCCCUCUCUGUCUCUCUCUCACUGUCCACUCUGCCUGUCAAAAAUAAAAAAAAUAAAAAAAAUAAAAAAAAAAAAGAAA